CGGGCGGCGGCGAGGCGGACGGGGAGGCGGCGGCGGCGGCGGGGCCCCCGCGGCUGUGCGGCUACCUGCAGAAGCUCUCCGGGAAGGGCCCGCUGCGGGCCUUCCGCACCCGCUGGUUCGCCUUCGACGCGCGGAGCUGCGCGCUCUGCUACUACAAGGGCCCGCGGGAGGCGGUGCCGCUCGGCCGCCUGGAGCUCGCCCACGCCGCCUUCCGCCUCCACGCGCCGCCCGCCGGCCUCGGCCCCGGCCCCGGCCCCGGUCCCGGCGAGGAGCAGCAGCAGCAGCAGCAGCAGCGGGCGGCAGCGGCGGAGGAGGAGCGGGAGGAGGACGGCGCGCCCGGGACCGCCUUCGAGGUGCACGGCCCCGGCGGCAACGUGGCCGUCCUCCGGGCAGCAACGCACCAGGACAUGAUGUACUGGCUGCAGGAACUUCAGCAGAAGAGGUGGGAAUACUGCAACAGCCUGGACGCUGCCAAGAGGUGCAGUUGGACUUCGCCUACCCCACAGGGGUGCUCCAAGGGGCUGGUGGCCAAAGACAGUCCUGAUUUUGCGGCGGCGCUGCCUCCCAACGCCUCGGCGGAGAGAGCCAGGAACGUCCUCGCGGUAGAGAUCGCCCCCACGGAGCUGGUAGGGGAGCAGGCGGCCUGCCUCCCGGCCCCAGGCCACCCCGGCGCCAUCAACUUCUCCCUGAGGCAGUGGGGCACGGAGAUCAGGAAUUCUGUCUCUUCCUUAAGAGCCGGAAAAGGAAGUAGCGAAAACCGCAAGAGUGUUUUUUACACAGAAGAAUGGGAAAUCCUGGAUCCUACCCCAAAAGAUUUGCAAGAAUCAGCAGCUCAGGAAGAAAAAAGAAGGCUGGCAGCAGAACCCAGCAAAGGUGGGACUGGCUCAGCCUUCCCGUUUGACUUUGGCCGCUUCCCGCACAAAGCCAGGCGUCCCGCAAAGGACCCGAUGGCCGCCAGCAAAAGCCGGAGCAGCCCAGAGGCCUCUCCCCUGGAGUCGAACGGAGGCCGGCCGGCCGCAGAGAUGCAGCUGAAGGUCCAGAGCCAGCAGGAGGAAGUGGAUCAGCUCAAGAAGGAGCUGGCCAGCCAGAAGGAACUCGUGCGGCUCCUACAGCAGACCGUCCGGUCCUCCCAAUACGACAGGUACCUAGCAGGGCCCCUCUGUGAUGGGGGGGCCAAGGGCCACUUGGAGCUGCUCCACCAGAAAGACCACCAGAUUUUGGGUCUCAACCGCCAGCUCGAAAGGCUGAGCCUGGAGAAGGACCGCCUGCAGCAGGAGCGGGCGAGCUUGAAGUUCGAGCUGGGGGGGCUGGGCGAGCGGCUGGAAAUGCUCAUGGAGACCAUCCAGGCCAAGGACGAGGUGAUCGUGAAGCUCUCCAGGGAGCUGAGCGAGUGCGAGGAUUGGUUGCCAGGGCAGAGCGGAUCGGUGCCCGCAGACGCCUCCCCCCCGGUCGGCAAGGGGCUGCAGGAGCUUGGCAGGCUGAAGGACAGCCUGCAGGGCUACAAGACCCAGAACAAAUUCCUAAAUAAGGAGAUCCUGGAACUUUCUGCUUUACGAAGAAACGCCGAGAACAGGGAGAAGGAGUUACUGGAGAAGUAUGCGAGCCUGGAAGCCAGGAUGUGCCAGGUGGAGAGCCGGUACCUGAUCCUGCUUCAGGAGAGGAAGACCCCAGUGUGCUCACAGGAGCAGAAUCCCCACAGCGACGUCAUCGCCCAGCUCCUGGAGGACGCCCUCAAGGUGGACAGCAGCGAACAGCCGGAGCAAGCUUGCUUCAAGCCCCAUCUGGUCAGCAAAUAUGACGUGUACGGGUUUCAGACGGUCCCAGAGGAUGACGAGGAGGAGAGGCUGGUGGCGAAGGUGCGGGCCUUGGACCUGAAAUCCUUGUCUCUUACGGAGCACCAGGAGAUGUCGGCCGGCGUGAAGUGGGAGAACUUCCUGGCCGCCACCACCAACAGGGAGAUGGUCCGGUCAGUGGAGCUCAAGAACCUCAUCCGGGGCGGGAUCCCCCACGACCACCGCUGCCAGGUGUGGAAAUGGUGCGUUGGCCUCCAUGUGAAGAAGUUCAAGGAUGGCAGCCCACCGGGCUAUUUCCACGGCCUGCUGCAGAACGCCCUGAAAAAGCAGAACCCGGCCUCCAAGCAGGUCGAGCUGGACCUCCUGCGCACCCUGCCGAACAACAAGCACUACUCCUUCCCUGCCUCGGAGGGCAUCCAGAAGCUGCGGAACAUCUUGCUGGCCUUCUCUUGGCGCAACCCCGACAUCGGCUACUGCCAGGGGCUGAACAGGCUGGCGGCCAUCGCCCUUCUCUACCUGGAGCAGGAGGACGCCUUUUGGUGCCUGGUGACCAUCGUGGAGGUCUUCAUGCCCCGGGACUAUUACACUAAAACGCUGCUCGGCUCUCAGGUGGACCAGCGAGUCUUCAAGGACCUGAUGAACGAGAAACUGCCCCGGCUGCACGCCCACUUCGAGCAGCACCGGGUGGACUUCUCGCUCAUCACCUUCAACUGGUUCCUGGUCGUCUUUGUGGACAGCGUGGUCAGCGACGUUCUCUUCAAAAUAUGGGACUCCUUUCUGUACGAGGGGCCAAAGGUCAUUUUCCGGUUUGCUCUGGCGCUCUUCAAAUAUAAGGAGGAGGAGAUCUUGAAGCUCCAGGACUCGACGUCCAUCUUCACGUACCUCAGAUCCUUUACUCGCAGCGUUCUGGACGCCAGGAAGCUUAUCGGCAUCGCUUUCAGGGACCUCAACCCCUUCCCGCUGCGCCAGAUCAGGAACCGGAGGGCCUUCCACCUGGAGAAGGUGCGCCUGGAGCUGAUGGAGCUCGAAGCCAUGCGCGAGGAUUUCCUGCGGGAACGGGAGACCCACCCCGAGAAACGGGACCUGAUCAGCGAGGAUGAAGAGGACGGUUGAAGGGAGCCUCAGGGACCUCCUUUGGAGGCCGAUUCCCUCGCCCCCCCGAGCAGAGCAGAGCCUCCCUCACGGGGAUUUGAGGACAGAUUCCAGAUCCCGCACUUCACAGCGGAGGGGUUUCUUCCAAGCGGCGCCGUUGACGUCGUUCAGGGUGCAGCACGCUUGAAGGGAUCUGGUUUCAGCCAUGCAACUGAGCUGUGAACGUUUCCUACCUUUGAAGCCCAUGUUUUCUGAAGUGCCUACAGACACUAUCACAAAAUGCUCCUUCCUGUUUUUAAUACCUGCCCAUCAUUCUAUACCAAAUUCUUGGUGAGCCAUUUCCUCCCUCCUGCCCAUCUUCAAAAUGUUUAAACUGCUCCACUUUGGAGACACGUUCCUCAUGGUCUUGGUAAAGCCAAUUAAGUCUCUGCGCUUCAUCGGGUGCUUCUGGCUCGCCCAAAAGCUGAUCGAUGUUGCCAAGCAGCAGGUGCCCUUCGAAGACAUUCCACUUGGUUUUCCAGCCCAGGGAGGCGGCAGAGAACUCGGAGGCCCCACAAGGGUUUUGGGAAGGCUGCAGGCUCCUGUUCUGGGCCCAGGUCCCUGUCUCUGUUAGAAAAUGUCACGGUGACCGAGGAGUUGGUCGUUUCCCUGGCAUGAUGCUCCCAAGUCACCCUAUUUCUCCCCAGGAUGGUCAGUCUCACCCAGCAGCCCUGGCUGGAUGUCUCUCGCCACGAUCCUUCCUGGUCCUCGGGUUGAAAGCCCAUUGUUUAAUGGAGGGCAGAUGAGUCGGAGACAUGUUGGCGAAGCCUGGUAUUUUGUGGUGCCCUAAAAUCCCUGUUGAGGAGGCUGGGAACGGCUCAUCCUGGAAGAAUCCAGCAUUGUGGAUUGUGGCUUUAUGCCUUUGUUCGAUACGUGGGUGGAAAUGCUUUUGUUCUUUACAAUACACCCUUGAGACAUUUGUUGGGGAAGAGAUUCGGAGCCCGAGGUUUGCUCUCCUGGAAACCUAGCAGGUUUUUGUCCUGAAAGGUUGUGGGGAGCAUUUCCUGACCUUCGGCUGAAACUUUGGGCCAGAGAAAAUGGAUUUCUCGUCUUGUGUUUCUCAGACCAUGGCAGAAACGUGUGUUGCCUUGACAGCAGUUUGCGAACCUGAAGAGGAGGAGGGCGAUGGGGGGGGUGUUUCUUCAUUAGCGGUGUGGAUUUCCAGCCGGGACCCCCCUCGUUGCUGUCACCGCUUUCUCUACAGUCCCUCUCCAGAACUCCUUCCUCCCAUCUCCCCCUCCCAGGCGCAUCCAGGGGCUUUGAUCUUCUUCCAUCGUUGUUCAAACUGCAGAUGGCUGUCGCCCAACAUCCUUUUUCCCAGAAACCUCCCCUUCCGAUACGGGGGCACAAAGGCAGUGGCCGUGGGGACAGGGGCAAGUCUCUAGCUUUGUGCUGGGCUCUGUGGGUGCUAAAAGGCGGCUGGCUUGGACUGAGGACCCUCCAAGCGUCCCGGAUCGUGCCGGUGCUGUAGUGGCUGUCGGUGUGAGUGCCACAUGGGGAAUUUUAUCCCUGUGGGGGACAGUGGGGUGGGGGGCUCCCUGUGGGUGGGCACCAUGGCCAGUGGCUCACCUGGACUCCCACUGAGCAGGCUUCACCUGCUGCCCCCAGAUCCAAAGCGCUCUUGGGGCAACGAAGGCACCUCCCAGACACAGGGUGGGUUGGAAAAGGACAGCCUACAGAAUCCGGAUCUGGUCAGGACGUUUUAAUACCUUGUACUUGAAUCCUAGUUUUUCCCCUGACACACACACCUUCUGGGUGGUUGUUGUUGUUGUUGUUGUUGCACAUUUGCAAAAAAGGUGACCCCCCGGGGGGAACCCACUUGAUCAUUCCGCACUGUCAGAUUUUGUGGCUGGUUUUGGAAGACUGGUUUCACGCCAAAUGCUGGGCAGAAGUUUUUGUUCUGUUUAGCUUUGGCUAGUUAAAGAAGGUCCUUCCUGUCUGCAUUCCCUGAAAUUGCUGGAAGCGGUUGUGCAGAUUGUGUGUGUAGUAAGGCGGCAAAGGUGGAGUGUGAAUCCUCGGAUCUGGAGCUUUUACUUACUUGUGGUUUCCUGGGGCAGGUUUCACUGUGCUCAGCAAUGAGGCCGGCAAGGCUGGUGGAUUUCCUCUGAAGGGGGGUUGUGUCGGAUUCCCUGCAUUGUGUGAUGGAAGUUCCCCCCUUCACCCCCCUCUGCAUUCCUUGCCAUGGAAACCCAACAGCCUGGACUUCCUUACCCAGAGUCCUCCCCAACAUCAGGGAGAAAGCUGAGGAAAGGGAGACAGCAGUGGGGCUAGCCCCCCCUCCCAACUCCCCCUUGUCACGUGGAGCUUCCAACUUUUCAGAUCUCGGUUCCUACAAUGCAGUUUUCGUGCACUUUUUUUUUAUAAAGAAUUCCAAACUCUGCUUCAUGUUACAUAUGCAAAGUAUUUUAUGCAUGGUUUCUAUUCAAGUAGUGUGUAACCCCUCCACUUUUGCUGUUUGCACAAGCCUCGCACAGGUCCAGUCUGUUUUCCUGCCUCUGAUGCGUCUUGCUGGAGGCCCUAGAAUGACCCCUCGGAUCGAGGCCUCUUCAGUCUGUGGUUCGGGCCCCAAGCCGCGGUUCAGGGUAUCCUGCGGAGGAAGAGCAUCGCUGGGCUCAAGGCAGGUGGACCAUCCCUUGCACAGCCUCCAGGUCCCUCCAGGCAAGGGGGGCGUGGGGUUCUUCUCCUAGCAGGGCGAGUCCAGCGGUGCAGAAGAAUCAUUCCACGUACACAUUUGCAGUCCGGGUUCCUGAGAAUUCUUUGGGGCUCAGUAACUCCGCUUUAAUUUGACAAAUUCACACUUGCGAUUCUUGCAACCUCUUGAAAAUAGAUAAUUGCCUGUCUCUUAU